CAGUCAAGAUGCGGUAUUUGGCGGCUUAGAGCGGGUAUUCGGAGCUGACGGAUGGGUGUUGGCAAAUUGGCAGGCCGGUCCGGCGUUUGAGAGGCGAGCGGCGCUCCAGCUAGCGGCAUCGGCCGGGCCAGUGCUCGACCCUGACCAAUCAUAAGCCCAGCCUGCCUUUGCUUUGGGGGGACGGCAUCCCAAUGGAAGGCCCUGCGAACGGGCAUUUUUUCGAUGCCUUCAGCGCAGAGGUUCCAAGCAAUCCGACCCAACAAACUUCCCUGACGCAGCCGCCACGUUCCCGACCUUCCCAUCUGCCCUCGGAAAUCCCUACAUCCUGGUUUCCUAUAGAUCGCCUUGGCCCGUCAGUCGAGUAAUCACAGUCAAGAUGCUGUCUCAGAGAAUACUAGGCCGCACCGCGGUCAAGUCCGCAUUCAAACCGACAGGUUUGCCCUCAAUUGCAUCCGCAUCCAGGUGGAGGCGGACCUAUGCUACCGAAGCUGAGGCGAGGGAUCUCGUCAUCAUCGGUGGUGGUGUCGCCGGCUACGUCGCGGCCAUCAAGGCUGGCCAGGAGGGCAUGAAGGUUACAUGUAUCGAGAAGCGUGGUGCCCUCGGCGGUACCUGCCUCAACGUUGGCUGCAUUCCAUCAAAAUCGCUACUCAACAACUCGCAUCUCUACCACCAGAUCUUGCACGAUACAAAACAUCGCGGCAUCGAGGUCGGCGACGUCAAGCUCAAUCUCCAGCAGCUAAUGAAGGCGAAGGACCAGUCGGUCUCGGGCCUAACCAAGGGUGUCGAGUUCUUGUUCAAGAAGAACGGCGUGGAGUAUAUCAAGGGCACCGGCUCGUUCCAGGACGAGCAUACCGUCAAGGUGCAACUCAACGACGGCGGCGAGACGAGCGUUGUCGGCAAGAACAUCCUUAUCGCUACCGGCAGUGAAGUCACCCCGUUCCCCGGCCUCGAGAUCGAUGAGAAGACGGUCAUCAGCAGUACUGGCGCCAUUGCGCUUGAGAAGGUGCCCGAGAAGAUGCUCGUCAUCGGGGGUGGUAUCAUUGGUCUCGAGAUGGCGUCGGUGUGGUCGCGGCUGGGGUCUAAGGUCACCGUAGUCGAGUUCCUGGAACAGAUUGGCGGUCCCGGCAUGGACACCGAGAUUGCGAAGAACAUCCAGAAGAUCCUGAAGAAGCAGGGUAUCAAUUUCAAGACGGGUACCAAGGUGGUGGACGGCGACAAGACGGGCGAUGGUGUAAAGAUCAAUGUGGACUCGGCCAAGGGUGGCAAGCCCGAGACGCUCGAUGCCGAUGUCGUUCUCGUCGCGAUCGGCCGCCGUCCGUACACGGCAGGCCUCGGCCUUGAGAAUAUCGGCCUUGAGCUCGACGAGCGGGGCCGCGUGAUCAUCGACUCCGAAUACCGCACCAAGAUCCCCCACAUCCGCUGUGUUGGCGAUGUUACCUUCGGGCCCAUGCUUGCGCACAAGGCUGAGGAGGAGGCUGUGGCGGUUGUCGAGUACAUCAAGAAGGGCUACGGUCACGUCAACUACGGCUGCAUUCCCGCGGUUAUGUACACCUUCCCCGAGGUGGCCUGGGUCGGCCAGUCUGAGCAGGAUCUCAAGAAGGCUGGUGUCCCUUACCGCGUCGGCACCUUCCCAUUCAGCGCCAACUCUCGCGCCAAGACAAAUCUGGACACGGACGGCAUGGUCAAGAUGCUUGCUGACCCCGAGACGGACCGGCUACUUGGCAUCCACAUUAUCGGCCCCAACGCCGGCGAGAUGAUUGCUGAGGGUACCCUGGCGCUCGAAUACGGUGCGUCGAGUGAGGACAUUGCGCGCACCUGUCACGCACACCCGACGCUCGCGGAGGCAUUCAAGGAGGCGGCGAUGGCGACGUACUCUCGGCCGAUCCACUUCUAAGUGAGCUCGAUUUGGGUUGGGGCGCAGCGUUUCUUGUGUAUCUUGUACUUUAGCUUGUUUUUCCCUCCUAGGGCAUCGUCGGUAAAUGGACUCGGCCGGCUGGCGAGUAUUGAACGCUGAAUCUAAUUUACCGAGGCAGGCGAAACAGCGAGCUUUGAAUUUGGUGCUCCGAGAGGGUAUCUUUAGAUGAUGGAUGGGGUUCAAGGCAUGCUGUAGUAUGAUAUCUCGCGGAAAGAUAGAGGUUCGAUUUGUUCUUAUUGGCAAGCCGUUGAGCAUCGCUUUGGGCCUUGUUUUAAGAAAGAUUAAGAUGAAGCACCUAGUACUUGUUGACACCGUGGUCGAUCGGUGAUAUGAGGCGAUACUUGAUACCAUGAGAAGCAAAAUAAAUCAAGAGGUCCAUGGGC